UUUUUUAAUAUCAGGUGCGGGAAAGUGACUAGGAAACGCUAACAUACACCUUUUUAUCAUAAAUUUUCGCAGCAAAAAAAAAAAAAAAAGAGAUAAAAACCCGGAAGACGUGUUUAAAAUCUCCCCUGGAUUCGCUCUCUGAUCGCAGUAUAUACCACUCUCAUUUGAUCUUCGUAGAUUUUUUAAUGUUAAAUUAAUAAUUAUUUAAAAGGCUCGUUCCUAUUUUCUUCUUUGUGAAAUGCAUUUUCUAGUAGAUGAAACUACAAAAUGGUAGAUGAAACUAUCACACAGAUGGGUAAAGUUCUCCAUGAUUCCGAAUCAGGCCAAAAUCUUGCACUAGAAAAAACAUUUCACAAAGGGCCUUGGACAUCAGCUGAAGACCAACUUCUGACGGCUUAUGUUGAUAAACAUGGUGAAGGUAAUUGGAACGCUGUCCAAAAACAAUCUGGCCUCUCUCGCUGUGGCAAAAGCUGCCGCCUUCGUUGGGUGAAUCAUCUGAGACCCAGUUUGAAAAAAGGCGGUUUUACCGACAAGGAAGAGCAACUUGUCAUUGAACUUCAUGCUUCUAUGGGUAACAAAUGGGCACGAAUGGCUGCACAACUACCGGGCCGAACAGAUAAUGAGAUAAAGAACUUCUGGAACACGAGGCUGAAGAAACUGCAGCGACUUGGCUUACCCAUUUACCCUGAUGAAGUUCGGGAGCAAGCAAUGAAUGCAGCGGUUCAAAAUGGUCAAAACUCAGAUCAUAGUCAAGAGUCGUUGGAACCAGACUGUCUCGAGAUCCCUGAGUUCGACUUCAAGUACCUACAACUCAAUAACUACCAGUCUGUGCUUCUUCGCAAUGUUCCCAUGGGUAAUAAUAUGAUUUAACAAUAUUUCUUUCAGCCUAAUAAUAUGUACAACUUGAUAGGAUCUCCUUACAUGUCGCCGCCUAAACGCAAACGCGUUAGGGAACCAGAAACAGAUUUUCUUGACACGGGUGGUUAUGCUGCCAACGAGCAAAGUGGUCAGCUCUGGAACUAUCCUUUUGUUGAAAGCAAUGCUGCUAAGUAUUCUUCUCCUUCUGAGAAGUUGGAGCUCCCUUCAUUCCAAUGUUGUGACCCUCUUGGCGAUUGGGAAACGCAACACUCAAACCCAAUGCUGGCAGUUGAGUCAGACAGUACUUUAGUUGAGUCCCCUCUCACAGAUUGUCCAUCUUCUGGGUUGUUGGAGUCAGUUGUAUAUGGAUCAUCAGGUGAAAAACAGGCAACGAAUAGUACUGAUCCAGAUUCACCGCUGCUGCUUCAGUCUUCUCUAUUUGGCCAUAUCGAGCUUACGCCAGCCUUUGCAAACAAUACAGAAACAGAUAUGGUUCCUUUCGGUCCAACUUCGUCUAGUGAGAGACUCACAUCAUCUCUUGAGAGCAGUGAUUGGAUAAGACAACUUCUUGGUGAGGAUAGGGACUACACCAAGUAGAUGUGGAUUCUUUUGUGGCUUUUAUGAGCAACCAUCGUUGCCGCCACGAGAUUAUAAUAAAGAUUUUGAUCGACCAGCUUGAUAAUUGUGCCGAACUAUUUUUGGAUCUCCAGAUAUAUUUUCAUAUCUGCAUACCAGCUUUUCACCUUGGCUACAAAUAAUAACAUCAAUAUAUAAACCAAACAAAAGAUGGUAACUGCACAAUUCUUCUAGUCCUAUACUUGCAGGGCACGUUCAUCUCAGCUCUAAUAGUGUAAGUGGUUUGUAAGCCUUUCAAAUGUGUAAAUAUUGUUGCAUAGCUUAAGGAGUUGAAACCAUUAAAAAAGAUCUAAUGGCAGAACAUAACCCAUCUUUGUGUCUUUUUUUUUUUUUGAUCAAACCCAUCUUUGUGUCUAUUCCGUCUAUUUUGGUUCUGAAAAAGUUAAAGCUAUUAAAACCAUUGACACAAACUCCUGCUAAACUUUUUAUAUGAAAAAUCAUAUGUUGGGUCAAACCAUAGGCUUUGAUACUAUUAAUAAAAUAGAAAAUGAACAGAAUUAUUCUCUUUGUCACCUUCUCUCUAGUUCUUUUCCGCUAUACCUGAGCUUUAGAGCAAGGUUAUGUUCAUCUUGUAUUUUACUAAUAUACGCAUAUAAUAUAUUCAGCACUAAGACUCAACUUAUUCAACUAUUUUGUAUUCCAAUUCCUUAUAAUCCGACUUCUUUGUAUCAAAACAUUCUUGAUAUCCUCAUAAAUGCUACCGUGAAUAGAAGAAACGAAAUCAAUUUUAUUGGAGUGUAAUGUGAAUGGAACUUGGUCAAACUAAUAAAAACAUAAUGUCUCCUUUCAAAUUAAGACAAACAGUUAGUUUUAAAGAGCAAAUUUAAACUCCAUUUAUUAUGCCCUUUGUUUUCUUAAAUCUAUUUAUGAUGUUAGACCUCCUAUCAGGACAACCUUUUCUGUUCUUUUGAAACUAGCAGUACAACUUGACCGAUCGAAAGCAGCAUCUUUUCAAUAUAUGACUACAACUUGACCAAGAUCAGCUUCCUACAAAUCAUUAACUUCUAACCAUAUUAGUUUGGAAAGUUUCAUAUUUCAGUUUCGGAAAUCAGUCAUAAUAUAUUUGCCGAUAUCUAAAGAUUAACUUUAAAGUAAAAUAAUUAAAAACAAAAAAAUUGCUGUCCUUAAACGGUUUGAGAUGUUAAAAAUAAAAAAUAAUA